AUAUUAUUUGCCAUUUUGACUUGCCUUAAAAAGACAAAUUAAACAUGAUCAAAGCUCUAUAUAUACUGCUCCGGAGAAAAGAAAAAGGAGAAAAAAAAUAUCUCAUACCUAACGGGAUUUGUGCGAGAGAAAAAUCUCGGGUGAAAGAUGGCUCUCACAAGAAUUGGCCUUGCUGGUCUGGCUGUCAUGGGCCAAAACCUAGCCCUAAACAUUGCUGAGAAAGGGUUCCCCAUUUCAGUGUACAACCGCACCACUUCAAAGGUUGAUGAGACUGUUGAACGUGCCAAACGUGAAGGAAAUCUUCCAGUUUACGGUUUCCAUGAUCCUGCAUCGUUUGUCAAAUCAAUCCAAAAGCCCUGUGUCAUCAUCAUGCUUGUGAAAGCUGGUGCACCUGUUGACCAGACCAUAGCAACGCUCUCAGCUCACAUGGAGAAGGGUGACUGUAUAAUUGAUGGUGGCAACGAGUGGUAUGAGAACACAGAGAGGCGAGAGAAAGCCAUGUCUGAACUUGGUCUUCUGUAUCUCGGGAUGGGAGUUUCUGGCGGGGAGGAGGGUGCAAGGCAUGGACCUUCAUUGAUGCCUGGAGGGUCAUAUGAGGCCUACAAAAACAUAGAAGACAUUCUUCUCAAAGUGGCAGCCCAGGUUCCGGACAGUGGCCCCUGUGUUACAUACAUAGGCAAAGGUGGUUCAGGCAAUUUUGUGAAGAUGAUCCAUAAUGGAAUUGAGUAUGGAGACAUGCAGCUGAUUGCUGAAGCUUAUGAUGUAUUGAAAUCUGUAGGCAAGCUUUCAAAUGAUGAGUUACAGCAGGUGUUCUCCAAAUGGAAUAAGGGAGAGCUUCUUAGCUUUUUGAUUGAGAUCACAGCAGACAUUUUUGGAAUCAAGGAUGACAAGGGUGAAGGUUAUCUGGUAGACAAGGUCUUAGACAAGACCGGAAUGAAGGGUACUGGUAAAUGGACUGUUCAACAGGCAGCUGAUUUAUCAGUUGCUGCUCCAACAAUUGCAGCAUCUUUGGAUUCAAGGUUCCUUAGUGGAUUGAAGGAAGAAAGGGUUGAAGCUGCCAAAGUUUUCAAGUCAGGUGGCUUCAGUGACAUCUUGAGCAGUCAGCCAAUAGAUAAGGCGAAAUUGAUCGAGGAUGUGAGGCAAGCUCUUUACGCUUCAAAGAUCUGCAGCUAUGCACAAGGGAUGAACUUGAUAAGAGCUAAGAGCAUGGAGAAAGGAUGGGGCCUCAAGUUGGGUGAGCUUGCAAGGAUAUGGAAAGGUGGGUGUAUCAUACGUGCAAUCUUCUUGGAUCGGAUCAAGAAGGCCUACGAUCGGAAUCCAGAACUACCAAAUCUUCUAGUGGACCCAGAGUUUGCAAAGGAGAUAUUAGAUCGCCAGUCUGCUUGGCGUCGAGUCAUCUGCCUUGCUAUCAAUGCAGGUAUAAGCACUCCAGGUAUGUCUGCAAGUCUGGCUUAUUUCGACACAUAUAGGAGGGAAAGGGUGCCAGCUAAUUUGGUCCAAGCUCAGAGGGACUACUUUGGAGCGCAUACUUAUGAGAGGAUUGACAUGCCUGGAUCCUUUCACACUGAGUGGUUCAAGAUUGCAAAACAGUCAAAGAUCGGAGGUUAUCUUUGAUGAGUGCUUUCGUGGAGACAUGGGGGUUAUUAGUGAAUUGUGUGACUUUGGCUGAGAAAAGGGUCCAUCCCUGCUUUUUAACAAAAUAAUGUCCCAGAUUGGGAUAAGGAGACCAGUUGAACUGUUUAAAUUUGUGUUACUGCAGCUUUAAUGCAUUUUUAUUAGAACUCUGAAAUUUGGAUAUUAUGUUUACUAAGGUUUCACAUUUUAAGUUCUCCCAUAUCUUGGUGAGGAAAUCAGAAGGUCCGGCUAACAUGUGGAAUUGUACUAGUUCCAUCUGUAUGCUACUUUUAAACGCAUCUAUCAAAUCAAUUUUGCUUAU